AUGGCUGAACGUUACAUCCCCGAGCACCGCCGGACCCAGUUUAAGGCCAGGAAUCAGUUCCGCCCCGAUGAGCUCCGCCGCCGCCGUGAAGAACAACAGGUCGAGAUUCGCAAGCAGAAGCGUGAGGAGAACCUGGCCAAGCGACGUGGUAUCCAGACCCGCGAUGGAGGAAUCGGUGUCGGCGGUGGCAUGGCUGCCGCCACCGAGAGCGAUGAUGAAGCAAGUGCUAUCGAGAGCGAGCUUAAUGUCGAGCUUCCCCAGAUGGUGAAAGGUGUCUUCUCCGACCAAGUCGAGGAGCAAAUUCAGGCCACCACUAAGUUCCGCAAAUUGCUGUCCAAGGAGCGCAACCCUCCUAUCGAGCGUGUUAUCGAGACUGGAGUCGUCAGCCGCUUCGUCGAGUUCCUCCGUUCCCCUCACACCCUGGUCCAGUUUGAGUCUGCUUGGGCUCUGACCAACAUUGCCUCCGGUUCUGCCCAACAAACCCAGGUCGUCAUAGAGGCCGGCGCUGUGCCGAUCUUCGUCGAGCUGCUGAGCUCCCCUGAACCCGAUGUUCGCGAGCAGGCCGUUUGGGCCCUUGGUAACAUUGCUGGUGACAGCCCUCACUGCCGUGACUUUGUUCUCGGGGCCGGUGCACUGCGCCCUCUGCUGAACCUCAUCAACGAUGGUCGCAAGCUUAGCAUGCUCCGCAACGCUACCUGGACCCUAAGUAACUUCUGCCGUGGAAAGACCCCGCAGCCCGACUGGAACACGAUCGCUCCUGCUCUCCCCGUCCUUGCCAAGCUCAUCUACAUGUUGGACGAUGAGGUUCUGAUCGAUGCUUGCUGGGCCAUCUCCUACCUGUCUGAUGGUGCCAACGAUAAGAUUCAGGCUGUCAUCGAGGCCGGCAUCCCCCGUCGCCUGGUUGAACUCCUCAUGCAUGCCUCCACUUCUGUCCAGACUCCUGCUCUGCGCUCUGUGGGUAACAUUGUCACUGGUGAUGAUGUCCAGACCCAAGUCAUUAUCAACUGCGGUUCUCUCCCAGCUCUGCUCUCUCUUCUGAGUUCCACUAAGGAUGGAAUUCGUAAGGAGGCAUGCUGGACCAUCUCCAACAUUACCGCGGGCAACUCCAGCCAGAUCCAGUCUGUUAUUGACGCUGGCAUCAUUUCUCCAUUGAUCAACUUGCUGGCCAACGGUGACUUCAAGACCCGCAAGGAGGCCUGCUGGGCCAUCUCCAAUGCCACCUCGGGUGGUCUGCAGAAGCCUGAGCAGAUUCGUUAUCUUGUCUCCCAGGGUUGCAUCAAACCCCUCUGUGACUUGCUGGCCUGCCCCGACAACAAGAUCAUCCAAGUUGCUCUUGAUGGCCUUGAGAACAUCCUUAAGGUCGGUGAGAUGGAUAAGGAGGCUGGUCAAGGCGAGGCACGCCUCAACCGCUACGCUCUGUUCAUCGAGGAAGCCACUGGCAUGGAGAAGAUUCAUGACUGCCAGAACAACGCCAACGAGGAAAUCUACAUGAAGGCCUACAACAUCAUCGAGAAGUACUUCUCUGAUGAGGAUGAGGUUGCUGGCGACAUCGAAGAGAUCGCGCCCCAGCAGACUUCGACUGGAUUCGCUCUCGGCGCUGGCCAGCAGCAGCCGGGUGGAUUCAACUUCGCCAACGGUGGUGACUCCAUGGAUAUGUAA